GUGUCGCUCGGCCAUCUUUCUGGAGGUCGGUGAUGAUUUGUUUCUCUAUAUUUCAGCGUAUCUGCUGUUUAGGACUCUUUGAGCCACGGCGAUGACGUCAUGGUGACGUUGUUUGAAGUCAUUACAUCGCGAUCAGGAAGUGUGUGUUGAGAAAAGGAACCGAGCAACGAACUGUGAUCAACAAUAAGCGACAGCCAGUGGAGGUGAUUUACCCCACCUUGGAUUUUUCCAAAAUCCCGACGGAAUGUUCCACGGAAUUCCUGCGCCCGCCGGCAUCGUGGCCCCGGGAAAUAAGCCGGAACUUUACGAGGAGGUCAAGCUGUACAAGAAUGCCCGUGAAAGAGAGAAAUACGACAACAUGGCCGAGCUGUUUGCAGUAGUCAAGACGUUGCAAGCUCUGGAGAAAGCGUAUAUCAAGGACUGUGUCUCCCCCAGCGAGUACACGGCUGCCUGCUCCCGUCUGCUGGUCCAGUACAAGGCGGCUUUCAAACAGGUCCAAGGGGCGGAGGUGGGGUGUAUCGAUGAUUUCUGCAGAAAGUAUCGGCUGGAUUGUCCUCUUGCUAUGGAGAGGAUUAAAGAGGAUCGACCAAUCACCAUUAAGGAUGACAAGGGAAAUCUCAAUCGCUGCAUCGCCGAUAUCGUGUCUCUCUUUAUCACUGUGAUGGACAAGCUGCGUCUGGAGAUUCGCGCCAUGGACGAGAUUCAGCCCGACCUGCGAGAGCUGAUGGAGACGAUGAACCGGAUGAGCCAUCUGCCCCCUGACUUUGAGGGGCGAGAGAAAGUCAGCCAGUGGUUACAGAAGCUCAGCAGCAUGUCCGCCUCUGACGAGUUGGAUGAUUCGCAGGUCCGGCAGAUGCUCUUUGAUCUCGAAUCUGCGUACAACGCCUUCAACAGAUUCCUGCAUUCGUAACGGGCCCAGGAUUCACUGGGGCCCCAGAGGUGAUCCACUGGAGCCCCCCCAUUGAGAAGUCUGAUUUCCUCUGUCCCUUUGACCUGUUUUUGUGAGAAUUCACUCCCUCUGAUCACUGCGAACGCCCUAAAGUAACGUCAUUACACUAGUGGCAGGAGAGGGACCUGUAUGUCUAGAAAAAGAUGGACCGCGUUCCAUGACUCAGUGCUGCCCCCUACUGAGCAUCGACUGUAGUGAUUAUUAUUAAUAUGCCGCUUCCUGGCAUGUCUGGCCAGCGGCCCCCUGCGUUAUCUGCAUUUAUUUAAUAAACUGGAAAAACAUUGAAAAAGCUUUGAAAUAAAGUGAAUUUCUAAAUGCA